AUGCUGAUUCACUGGUCGUUCGACUCGAGCAUGGGCAUCGUCAUUUGCCUGAACGCAAUUACUAUAGGGGUCGAAUCAACGUACACAUCGAAGGACCUUGAUGCCCCUGGGUGGGUGGAAGUAGCUGAGUACUUGUUCUUGCUCGUGUACGCGGUGGAAUUGGCGAUGCGCAUAUACGUCUUCCAUCUCAAGGCGUUCUCGAGCCGCUGGGUUGUGUUCGACGCUUUCCUGGUGUUGACUGGGUUUGUUGAGAUUGUCGCGAAGCUAAUCGCCCGCAGCGGGAACGACAUCCUCGCAAACAUCAUGCUCGUGCGCCUGCUGCGGUUCGCGCGCCUGGCGCGCGCUGCCCGGCUGCUCGUCCAGUUCAGGGUCUUGUGGCUGCUCGUGCAAGGCCUCAUGAACUCGUUCAUGACCAUCAUGUGGACGAUCGUCAUCAUGGUGGUCCUAAUCUACAUAUUCGCCAUCCUCGGGCUGGAGCUGCUGCGGCCCGACGAGGGCGCCGGGGAGGACUACCGCGACGCGAUCCAGAACUUUGACAGCCUGGGCCGGUCGAUGCUGGUCCUCAUCCAGUUCUUGAUCUGA